AUGGCAAUGGGGCAGGGGUCGGGAACACCAUUCCAACCGCAGGACCAGUCGGUGCAAGAGCAGGACCCAGCGACUGCGGCCCGUGCCGCCGGGUUGCGCAGGCGAUUAUAUGACAUGAUGAAUCCAUACACCAUUAAGAAACAGCCUCUCCAUCAGUUUGUACAAAGACCACUUGUCCCACUAUCUACAACCUUACGUAACACAGUGAGACACAUGUUCAUUCAAACACAAGAUACCCCAAAUCCCAACAGUUUAAAAUUUAUUCCUGGAAAACCAGUUCUUGAGACAAGGACCAUGGAUUUCCCCACGCCAGCUACAGCAUUUCGCUCCCCUCUGGCUAGGCAAUUAUUUAGGAUUGAAGGAGUAAAAAGUGUCUUCUUUGGACCAGAUUUCAUCACUGUCACAAAGGAAAGUGAAGAGUUAGACUGGAAUUUACUGAAACCAGAUAUUUAUGCAACAAUCAUGGAUUUCUUUGCAUCUGGCUUACCCUUAGUCACUGAGGAAACAUCUUCUGGAGAAGCAGGUGAUAUGUUGGGAUCUGAAGAAGAUGAUGAAGUUGUGGCAAUGAUUAAAGAAUUAUUAGAUACAAGAAUACGGCCAACUGUGCAGGAAGAUGGAGGAGAUGUAAUAUAUAAGGGCUUUGAAGAUGGUAUCGUACAGCUGAAACUCCAAGGUUCUUGUACCAGCUGCCCUAGUUCAAUCAUUACUCUGAAAAAUGGAAUUCAGAACAUGCUGCAGUUUUAUAUUCCAGAAGUAGAAGGCGUAGAACAGGUUAUGGAAGAUGAAUCAAAUGAAAAAGAAACAAAUUCACCUUAAAAUAUUUUGAGUUUUCUUUGGGCCCAGCAAUCGGACUUAUUGAUACUAUAUACCUUGCUUUUAUUAUUAACUGCCAAGGAACUGCAGAUUAAUAAAAUAUGCCCUUUCUUCAGAGAAUGAUAUAUAAAUAGUGCAUGUUUACUUGA